UCCUAUGAAAACUUUGAACCGCUUGCGCUAAAUUAUAGUUUCACCGAUUGCGCUGAAAUUUUGCACAGUUCAUAUGAGACCUAAAUGGAAUCGAAAAAGUCAACUGGAGCGAGAAUUUGAUGUUUGUCCCAUACUAAUGUACAACAGAGGUCACCCUGGUCUUAGCCUGAUUGGUAAGGUAAGGGACUGAUCAGGUCUAGACUGAUUUGACGAAGGUAGGACGUUCCCGAGGUUGGAGAAAAGCAGCAGUGAACCGAAAUGUGUGGCGUUGGCGUAUUAUUGUGGACUAAGUCUUAUCUAUUGGAUAGUACGCAGAUCGCAAGAAAUUUCUUGGCCUAUCUCGAUGCGUGGAAAAUUCAGGCAAGGAAUCAAGAAAUUCAGGGCUCAGGCAAGGAAUCAAGAAAUAAUAAAGCGUCGCUUUAUUCCGGAUCAUAGUACGGAGCUGAAACGAAACGUCAAAUCAACGCGAAUCUAGCAAGCGCUGGGCGUACUGUGGAACCACUGACGGUCUUUCCUCGAAACCAUCAGCCACCAUUUAGCAGCGCGAGUGAUGAUCAACCGAGAAAAUUAGUGCACGCCAAGGAGCGUCAGCCAACACCUAGUAGCUCGGCGUCAGGCGCCCCUUUGGACCUGAGCAGAACGAUCCUCGCCUCCGCGUCCCACCGAAGACGGUAAUUAGCAUGAUUUAUCGCCUUGCUUCGGCUAAAUGAUGUGAAUGAUUUCCAACGGGAACGCCUCCCGACCGGCACGCAAGAUGACACCAUCAAAAGGGGCGUGCACGAAACUCGCACCAAAAGAGAAGGAAACAGAUAUACGCCGAGCGGCAAAAGGACAGAAACGGUUGAGGAAAACAGGCACACAACUCCUCGGAGUCCGGAAAAUCUGAUCCAUCGUCAACUUCUUGGUUGGCGAGCGCAUGGGAAAGCCAGUACCCACUGAUUUUCCUGCGGUUUAGAUUAAUUUUGUGCGUCGACGGAUUAACACGUGUAAGCAAAGUACGGUUCCUCGCGCGAGUGGUAGUGAUUUGGGAAAGUGCGGAUCUUAUGUUCUCGUUAUAAGAAUGGAGAGUGCACAUAACGAAAGCUCCACUAGCUUCAAAGUGAAAAACAACUUCAGCAUUGAGCACUUGUUAGCUAAACCGGAUAACUUACGAGGAUCAAGUGGAAAGCAGAGCUGUGACUAUGGUGAUACAAACUGCGUGUAUAAUGGAAAAGAAGCGUUGAAUCGAGGAGAAGAGAGGCCAUUGAAUAGUGAUCAAUAUGUAGAGUGUUCUACAUCACCUGAUUCCAGUUGCAACGAAGAAAUGAUGGAUAAUUGCAGCGAAGCAGCGUCGGAAGAAAGUGCUACGGGGACAUCCGACGACCGCAAGAAACGACCCAGAACAGCUUUCUCGGCUGCUCAGAUCAAAGCUCUGGAGACUGAGUUCGAACGAGGGAAAUACCUUUCGGUAGCAAAACGCACAGCACUAGCAAAAUCUCUGCAUCUAACGGAAACACAAAUCAAAAUUUGGUUCCAAAAUCGACGAACCAAAUGGAAAAGGAAGUACACGUCCGACGUUGAGCAACUGGCCUCACAUUACUAUUCUCAGCUGGGUAUUGGAAACUUUGCACGCCCGAUGGUGGUCGGCGAUCGCCUUUGGCUAUUCAGUCAAACUCCAAAUGGACCUGCUCCUGUGCAAUCACUCCUGCUCAACACACCCGCCCAUAUUGGUCCAUCACACCCGGCAAUGAGGCAGUUCCAACCGAUACCUCCAACACCGGUCGGAGUUUCCAGCUUUGCAAGUCGACCUAGUAAUGGCUACACCGUAAACUACCUACCGAAAUUGUCACCGCAAGGUUCACCGUACGGCAUCAAUCGAUUCCCAGUAUCAACGUUCAAACCCGUGUCCGUGGAGGAUUCCACAGGUUUUUACAAAUCAACAUCGGAAAUGAUCGACGGUUAUUACCCAGUGCCAAAAUUUGGUCCAACAGAAUUUGUUAACGAUGAACAUUCUGCCAUUAGCACUAGCUCGGGUAUUGCAGAUCUGGAAAGGGCCUUUGGUAAUCCUAGCAGUCUGCUGGACGGACAGCUUGCAUCAAGAUCUCAUGAAGGACUAGCAAGUCUUAGCACAACCACGUCUGAUAAUAGAGUACAAAAUAAUGCCAAAGACCUCAUAUCAGACUCUUCGAGUGAAAUUGAUUGUGAAGAGCUCCAUGAUAAAGACUAAUGUUGUACGUGUUAUGCUUUGCUCAGAUUGCA